AUACAACAAUAAGCAGCCAACAAGAAUGAAAAAUGGUUCUUCUAACCAUAGCAGGUGCAGUUAUUGCGCUACUGUUUCUCGGAAAUAUUCCAGCGUCUAUUUGCGUGAGUUGGGAAGAAUGGUGGACAUACGAUGGAAUUUCCGGUCCUGCGUUUUGGGGCUUGAUAAACCCCGAAUGGCACUUGUGUAAUAAAGGUCGUAGACAAUCUCCUGUUAAUUUAGAACCACAACGAUUACUUUUUGAUCCUAAUUUAAGGCCUUUGCACAUCGAUAAGCAUAGGAUUAGCGGUACGAUUUUAAAUACGGGACAUAGUGUAAUAUUUACAGCUGAUAAUGAUACGUCAACAAUCAAUCUUUACGGGCCGCAAAUUCCGGUGAAUCUGACGGGCGGUCCGCUGAGCUAUCGUUAUCGCUUCAACGAGAUUCACAUCCAUUACGGACUGCACGAUCAGUUUGGCUCGGAGCACAGUGUUGAGGGUUACACUUUUCCAGCUGAGAUACAAAUUUUCGGAUACAACUCUCAACUCUACACAAAUUUCACCGAUGCAUUAUACAAAGCUCAAGGUAUUGUCGGCGUAGCGGUGCUGUUACAGCUUGGCGAUCUCUCAAAUCCCGAACUGCGAAUGCUAACCGACCAACUCGAGCGAAUUCGUUUCGGCGGCGACGAAGCUCCCGUGCGUCGUCUCUCCGUACGCGGACUUUUACCCGAUACGGAGCAUUACAUGACAUACGAAGGAUCUACCACGUCUCCGGCAUGUCACGAAACUGUAACAUGGAUCGUGCUGAACAAACCAAUUUAUAUAACAAAGCAGCAGUUACACGGGCUAAGGCGCCUCAUGCAAGGUCAACCGGAUCAUCCAAAAGCCCCUUUAGGUAACAAUUUUCGACCUCCGCAACCGCUGUUGCAUCGACCGGUACGAACAAAUAUUGAUUUUCGUAGCAAGCAAAAUGGCAAAGCAUGUCCAACAAUGCACAAAGAAGUCCUCUACAAAGCAAAUAGUUGGAAACAACAUUAAAGAGUAUCAAAUAUCUUCCAUUGUUCAAUUAUUGUAUUAAAUAUAAUAAAAUACAUA